AUGGCACCAACCGCUCCCGGCGUGCAGCCGGCAGGCUACACCCUCCCGGUCACCCCUCCUCCUCGGCAUGGCGGCACGGCGGUCACAAUUGUGCUCACCCCAACGCGGACGCAGGGUCGAUCAAAACGGAAAAAAGACGCUUCGGAGGGAGAUGGUAAUGGUCACAGCCGCGCUAAGAAACGGCCAAGGCAACGUGCAGCGAGAGAUGAGAUUGAAAUGUCUCUAUCUACAGCAGUUUUCGGUGUAGGGCCCGCCGGCCCUGCUACCGCCCCAGCUUCUCCAUCUCCCGAGCCGCCGGUUGGUCCCUUAGGAUCGCUCGUGCGCCAGGCAGCGGGCAAUCGGAAGCAUGCGGCAGCAACUGACGUGUGGUAUUUCGUCGACGCCUUGAGUACUGUCACACCUGGGAGUGUGCCGGUCAACACUGAGCGUCUGUCGACUCGGCCUCACGAUGCAGCAUUUCUUCGCUGUUACCUCUGUUCACUUGUCAACAAGGUGCAUACAUGGCAGAACUCGUCGGGCCAAACUGGUGCUAUCCGUGAGCACUUGAAGAAGUCGCACAUCAAGGAAUGGUCGGAAGUGGUGAAAGCAAAGAAGCUGAAGGGGUGGGAGGAACUCGCCGGCAUGGCGGGACCAGCUCCUGUGCGGCGGCAUCAUGAGCCAUAUACACAAGAGGGGCUGCAACGCCGAAUGGUCAGAUGGAUGGUUGUUGACGACCAGUCACUCUAUGUCGCCGACAAUCCGGAGUUUCGUGAACUACUCACAUAUGUGGGCGGUCCCAAUUUUGACAAAUCCGACAUUCCCCACCGCACCAAAGUGCGCGACCUCAUCACUGAACUCUACAACCUCACUAUCAGUGAUAUGAAGAUCGAGUUUAAGGCUCGUUUCCUGCUGCUCUUAUCAGUGAAAACAACUAAUCAGCCUGAGAUUCAUUAG